UCUGCACGUUUCGUAAGUUGGAAAGGACAUUACUGUUACGGCUUCUUUUUCACAUCCAAUCGACAUUUUGUAACUUAGAAAUUCGUUUUGCAAGAUAGCUGCUGAAUGUGUGCCUGCCAUAUGAGCUGGGAUCUGCUUAUAACCCUGCACAGUCAAGUCCUCUAUUCGUUGAAUUACAAGAAAACAGCCAGUUGAUUACAUUGAUGUCAACAAGCCAACAGAAAAAAACACAAUAUGUUCCACUUGCGGAUGUCUGUUAAAACUUCCUUACCAUGCUGUAUGCAGAUAAGGACAUUACCAAAAAACAAUCAAACUGAAGUGUAUCUGCUUCAAUAUGGUUCCAGAAAUAUUGUUCAAAAACUCGCCUACUCUGGGUUUCAACUCCAAGAAGGUGUAAGAAAAUCAACUGGACUUUUCCCAAGAACAUUUGGUUUUUUAACACCUAGAAGAGGCAAUAAAGGAUUAGUUCCUAUUGAAUUAUGUGGCAAGAGGUUUUGCAGUUCAUGCACAUUUGUCAACAAGAAAGUACCAGUCUCUUUUCGUGUAGAACCUCCUUGGAGAAUUUUAUUUAUUGGAACUGAUGAAUUUUCUUUGGAAACUUUAAAAGCAUUGAAUGAUGCAAGAUUAAGGGAUAAUCAUACCCUAAUAGAACAUUUAGAUGUAGUUGCUCUAAAGUUGAAGAAACCUUGCCCUGUGAGAAAAUAUGCAGAUGAAAAUGGAUUAAAUGUCUCAGACUGGCCAAUUGGAGACAAACACAACACAUAUGAUGUAGGUGUUGUCAGCUCUUUUGGAAGGCUGAUUCCAGAGAGGGUUAUACACAUGUUUCCUUAUGGUAUUCUGAAUGUCCACCCCAGUAUACUACCGAGGUGGCGAGGUGCUUCGCCUAUAGCACAUUGUCUGCUUCAUAAUGAUGCAGUGACUGGGGUCACUAUUACUGAAAUAAGACCAAAGCACUUUGAUAUUGGGCCUAUACUUAUAUCUGAGAAGAUUUCAGUUCCACCAAAGAUCACUCGAGCCCAAUUAGAAAAAACCCUGGCCAUCAGAGGAGGACAUUUGCUUGUGGAGGCUUUGUCUGAUUUGCAUUGGUUGGAGAGAUUUGAGAGUGAGCAAGACCCAUCAAGAAUAACUUAUGCCCACAAGUUACAUUCAGAUUUGGCUAAAGUAAACUGGGAAUGGAGUAUGGAAGAAAUCUUUAGGAAAUACAGGGCUCUGCAUGAUCUGAUGGAUUUAAAAAGUCAAUAUCGAGGUCAAACUAUUAAAUUCAGAAACAUGGUGGACAUAGAUGAAAUAGCUGGUCAGAUUUCACGGAUAGAAGAACAUGAUGGCCACAGGUCUCGCCCCCCUGGGUAUGCCCAUUUCAUCCCCUGGGCAAAAACAGUGUGUGUGAAAUGUGGAGACGGAUGGGUAGGAUUCAAGACUGUUAUUUACAGGAAAACUUUGCCAGCAUGCCAGUUUAACAAUGGCUACUUGCAAUCUGAAAAAUCUGAACCUUUGUUUUAUGACGAACCUGAAAAACUUAAAAUGGUUCAUUCCAUUUGACAUUUGCUUAAGAUUGACUUUGCUGGAUUUUCAGUCCUCUCAAUAGUUGUAUAUAGAUUACUUUUACAGUUGAGGAUUCAUAGUUUUACAUUACCCAAGUCUUUUGGGGAUGUUUUUUGUUAAUGUGUCAUCAAAGGAUAUAAAAUGAAUUGUUUGUCGUAAUUGGUUGGGAUUAUCAACAUAAAGAAAUGUUUAGAGUGAAACUGUCAAGACUCAAAAUUAGUUUGAAAUUGAAAAGACUGCAUCCGAUAUCUGUUAGUAUUUAUUUCAGAUAAAUUAUUUCAAAUAUAAAUCAGUGUUUCAUUCUUAUUUUAUAAGGAAUAAAAUUAUAAGAAAUGUCAAGUAUCAACUGAACAAACACAUGCAACAUGUACAGUUUAGACAGUUUCAGUGCACGCAUGGAAGACAUACAAUUAUAUUCUUGUUACUACUGCACAAACGUGUUAAGCACCAUAUCUACAUUAGGACAACAGUUAGUAUUGCUCCAUGCUGAAGGACUAAAUUUAUGUGCAACUUCAUAAAUAGUUUCUUAACAUGUAAUUAUCCAUUAAAAUACUUGUAAUAAAUUAGUUCUAAUUGAUAGACUGACUAAUAACCACAAUAAAAAUCAGUAUUGCAACAAAAAUUGCUAUCACUAAGGUAUGCCACAACUUAUUAAAUGUACUGCAUCUUCUUCACUUUACAAGAGCACUAAAAACUAUUGAAAGGGUGGCAAAAUUAAGAUAUUUCAGUCAUAAAACAGGUCCUUAUAAUGCCCCCUGCAGUAAAAAUAUUUUUAAUUUUUGUCUUACAAAAAUAAUCUUUGAUAUAUACACAAUAUAAAAUGUAAAUAUAUAAUGCUCCUAGUACGCCCCUUUCUUACAAACUGUUCAGUGAGAGCUAAUAGGGCACAAAAGUGAGAUUAGAAGUGGACAGGAUUUUGCAAGAUUUCAUCACUUCCUGGGACAUGUAAGAUGUUGCGCAACGUUCUGAUGGUCAAACAAACAGCUGUCAAUAUGGUUUUCUGCUUUUUUUUUUUGGGGG